AUGACAGCCUCGUCGCCUCACGGCACAAAGCCCGAACGUACCAUUUCGAAUGGCAUAUCUGACACGGACCCACCUAUUGUGCCAUUGACCUACCAUGGCUCGACGGACAAUGAGAAACCGCAUUCUUUGUAUCGAGACAUAGAGUCGAAGAGUCUCUCAGACCAGGAUGUCUCGUACCCAGAAGGUGGCAAGGGCUGGUUGGUCGUGUUUGGGUCUUUUUGCGGCAUGCUUGCAGCUCUUGGACUUAUGAACUCGAUAGGAAUCUAUCAAACCUACCUGGCAACUCAUCAAUUGAGCAAUUAUACGGAGAGUCAAAUAUCGUGGAUCUUCAGUGUAUACUCCUUUCUUUCAUUCUUUUGUGGCGUGCAAAUCGGCCCAUACUUUGACGCAAAAGGCCCUCGUCUGCUUGUAGCGUGUGGCAGUAUUUCACUCAUCGUGUGCACCCAGCUGUUGGGAAUCUGUACUAAAUACUGGCAUUUCAUGCUAUGCUUCGGAGUCCUCGGAGGCAUUGGAACGAGUUUGAUCUUCACGCCCGCCGUCUCCAGUAUUUCCCAUUGGUUCCUAGUAAGACGCGGCAACGCAACUGGUGUUGCAGCGACGGGCGGCGCUGUUGGCGGCGUUAUCUUCCCACUGAUGUUACAGAAUCUCUUCCCCAAGGUCGGAUGGGAGUGGGCUACACGAAUCCAGGGCUUCAUCUAUAUUGGCCUUCUCCUCAUGGCAAAUCUCUUUAUACGCUCACGGCUUCCACCCAAACCUGGCGGCAGCGUCUUGCCCGAUUUUAGAAUCUUCAGAGACGUACCUUUCGCCCUGACCACGAUUGGAGUCUUUUUCGCCGAAUGGGGACUGUUCAUUCCCAUCUCAUACCUGACAUCCUAUGCUCUAGGUUCGGGUGCUUUCAGCACAACUUUCGCAUACCAGCUCAUUGCAAUUUUCAACGCUGGCAGCGUGAUUGGCAGAUGGGCGCCUGGAUAUCUCGCCGACAAGGCUGGAAGAGUGAAUCUGAUGAUUGUUUGCCUGCUACUUUGCGCUCUGUCCUCGAUGGGUCUUUGGCUUCCUGCAACAGUUCUCUCUGCCUCUGGUGCUAGCAACGACUCAACAAUUCUUGGUCUGACGAUCACCUUUGCUAUUCUUUUCGGAUUUGGCUCUGGAUCCAACAUCAGCUUAACUCCUGUCUGUGUCGGCCAGCUCUGCGAAACAGAGUCGUAUGGCCGCUAUUAUUCCACCUGCUACACCAUUGUUUCUUUGGGCACGCUAACGGGUCUGCCAAUCGCAGGAGCGCUACUCCAAGCGUGUGAUGGAAAGUAUUGGGGCCUUGUAUUGUUCACAGGCAUGUGCUACAUCAUCAGCUAUGUUGCCUUUUCUUGGGUAAGAGUGAUGAAGCAAGGAUGGGGAUUGACGAAAGUCUACUGA